UUCUUCCUUUUUUUGAUAACUUAAAUUCUUAUCGUUUAUCAAUUUUAUUGAUACGUGAGAUCGCGUAAAGAGUGCAUUGUGUUAUUAGAACAAAUUUAAAUAUGUCUGAAUUAUUAAGAAUUAGCGACUUAAUUAGAAACCAAGAUUCGUUUACAUUUUCUUUUGAAGUGACCCCAGAUGUGGGUGAAGCUGAACUUGAUAAGAUUACACUUUACCCAAAAUUUUAUUCUAUAACUUGGCAUGCUCUGAGCCAUCAGUGUAAAGAUUUAAAUAUUGCUCCAUUAAAAUUAGCAAACUUGCUAAGGCAAAAACAUAAACAUGUUUUAUUAAAUUUAUCGUGUAAUCUUAUGACCAAAGCUUAUUUAAAUGACUUACUCCCAUGGCUUCAAGAGAAGGGAAUUUGCAAUCUGUUUAUAGUUUUAGGAGAUUCUUUCAAUCCCAAUAGAUCUGACUUCAAAAAUUCCUCUGAAAUGAUUUCCUAUAUAAAAACGAAAACAUUGGACUAUUUUUGUAUUGGUGUUGCGGGCUUUCCAUACGAUGAUUGCAAAAUAACAGCAUUAAAAGAAAAAAUAGAUCUUGGAGCUGAUUUUAUAAUUUCACAGGCAUUUUUCGAAGCAAAUAUUUAUAAGAAUUAUCUUGAAAAAUGUAAAGAUGCAAAAAUAGACGUGCCCAUAAUACCCGGGAUAUUUCCUUUUCAGUCUCAAAAAGAAUUGGAUAUGUUCUUAAAGUUGUGUAAGGUUAAAGUAAGUGAAGAAUUUAAGAUGAAAUUAGAAGGAAAAUCGGAAAACGUGAUGGAUAUUAUAGAAAAUCUUAUACUCGAUUUACGUAAUAAUUUGAAUGUGAAACAUUUCCAUUUUUUCACAAUAAAUAAACUUGGAAUAACUUGUGACUUAGUGAAAAAAAUUCAAUUAUCAUUAUAAAAGAGAUCCGAACAGGUUUUUACAAUUUUCCAUGUUCUGUUUGUCAUGAAUUUAAAACCGAACAAAUAUCUUAUAUUCUUCAUAUUUCGAUUAUUUGUUAUUGAGAUCUCCUCGUAUAUAACUUUUUUGUAAUAAAAAGCCACGUUACGAUAUUUUAG